AUGGGGCCAUCUCCAAAGUUAGAUCAGAUCUCUAAUCUUCUUCAUGGCACUCUGCUGGACAUGCUUCAGGAUAUCCAUGAGAAGGUCAGACUGGAUACAGCACUUCAGAUGUGGUCUCACAAGUGCCAGAGUGAAAAUAAUGUUAAUGGAGAUGUUGCAGAAGAAAACCACUUCACAAAAUACACUCCAAGCUCUGAAACCUUUAAGCAAAAACUGGACUCAGUGCCAGAUCAAACAAGUUCAGAAGAACAAAUGGAGAACUGGUCAAAUGAAACACACAUCCUGGAACAGAAAGAAGAUGACUUUUGUGCUGAGUUUCAGUUUCAUCUGAAUUCUCAAAAAAAAUCAGAAUUUUUCAUCCAGGCAGAAGAUGAAGCCCUGAAAAUUUCAGAUCUGCCAGUAACCAGUCAAAGAGGAGGCACCCCAUAUGACUGUAAUCCCAGUCCUGAAGAAUCAAGCAGCAUAGAAAGAAAGGCUAACAGGAUGCUCCCUGAAUAUGUAUCCUCAUGGAAUAAUGCUGCUGAUUUAGGUGGAAAAACAGAAACUGCAUUCCUUUUGAAAGAAUUGGACUCCCUGAGGGCAAAAAAUAAAAAGCUUGAAGAUAAGCUUUCUGAAAAGGACAAGGAGCUGAAGACAAUAAAACUGGACUUAGAGCUGCAAGAGAGAGCUACAGAAGCUAAGAUUGCAGAAAAGAUUGCAGCUCUAGUGGAAGAAGUUUAUUCCGCUCAACGGGAACGUGACAAGGCUGUCAUGGCAAGGCUUAGGUUAGCCAAUGAAGAGAGAGAUGAAGCAUUUCUACGAGUCCAACAUUUAGAAGAGUGUCUCAAAGAGCUAGAAAAUAUUAACCCUGAAGAAAAUGACAUGACAUUACAGGAAUUACUGAACAGAAUAAACAAUGCAGACACAGGGAUAGAUAUACUGAAGAAUGGAGCUAUAAUUCUGAAUCAAAUACACAGGACCAAAGAACGUAAAAAGAAAAUAAUAGCUGAGGAAAUGAAUGCGGUAAUAGAGCAACGAGAUGCUGCUUUGUAUCAAUGCAAACGGCUGGAGCAGGAGCUUCAUCAUCUGAAAGAGCAGAACCAGACUUCAGCAAACAACACGAGACAUCUGACUGCUGAAAACAAUCAAGAACGUGCUCUGAAGGCAGAGUUGAUAGCCCUGCAACAAGAAAAAGAGGCUGCUCUUCAACAGUGCAAAAAAUUAGAAGAAGAAAUCCAGACAUUGCGUGCUUAUUACAGCUUAUCCAAAUCUCUGCCUGAAGGAAUGAGUCUGCAGGACCAGCUUAACUGCAUUUUCAGUACUUCUGAAGAUGGACUGAAAGGCAGAGCGGAUGUUGUGACCCUCACCUAUUGCCAGAUUGAAGAUCUGGCAGCUCAGCUGCAGCAAACUCGGUCAGAGCAAAAGGACACAGAGCUGAAGCUCCAGAAGGCCCUGGAGGCUUCACAGGAGGCUAAUGAAAAAGUUCAGAAGUUGGAAAGGCUGGUGGACGUCCUGAGGAAGAAGGUUGGAGCAGGGACCAUUAGGACCGUGAUCUGAUUGAAAGCUCUAGUCUAAGGAAGCAUUCACAUCUGGUGACCAGGCUGCUUCAUUCAGCACUGUGUAAACACUAAAGCCUUAACUUAGCAAACAGUUGUUAGAAGUGGGACACUCCAGCGACAUUCCAAGCUGAGAUAAAAUCAAAUCAUAAAUGUUUAACUACUUUGCUGCUGAGUUCUGUGAUUUGUUGAAAUGUUUCACUGCAAACAGAUAUUUGUUUUUAAGCAGAUGCAUUGUGGCGCUGUGUACUGUGGAAAAUGAUGUAGACGCUUAUUUUAAGGGUCUGUCCUCUUGGUGUUACUAGACUAUAGUCUGCUGCAAGCACAGCUUGAUCACAUUUUCAAAUACUGCAGGCUUCAGGUGCAAAAUCCUGCAAAACAGUUUCAAAAUUUAAAUCUCAUGUCAUCUGUGGGACUGCAAACAGUCCAGUAUUUGUAUGUUAAAUAUAUUAAUUAAUAAAGUAGGUU